CAAAUCUGAGUCUCAGUUCCACUUGAAGAUGCUGCGCCUGCUGAUCCUGCUGGCCAUCGCAGUUCUGGACUGCCAGGCCCUGUGCAAUGUCUGUUCGUCGGCUGCCAAUGUGGCCUGUGUAUCGGCCACAGAGUAUCAGAUCUGCUCGGAAGCUCAUGUGCCGCUGGGAGCCGUGACGAGUUGUCCCACCAAUUACUUCUGCACCGCAAACGGCACCUUUUGCAGCCCAAACGAGGCAUACGGGGCAUGUGUGAGUUGCAACAAGUGCAGCGCGGACAAGAGCUUUGCGUGCAUCAGCGCCUCGCAGUUCGCCUUGUGCCUGGGCCAGGACACGCCGAGUACAUCGAUUGUGGGCAACUGCGGCACGAGUUUGGUGUGCAACGUGGAGAAUCCCGAAAUCUGUGGCAGUUCCACCACCUAUCCGGCAAGCUGUGGCACCAAUUCAUCGGGCACCGGCGGCUCAAGCACGUCCAUAACAGAUCCCACACUGAUCUGCCGCAGCCUGCAGCAGCCCGGACGCUUUCCCUAUGGCAGUGAUGCCACAACCACCUGCAGGCAGUACGUUUCCUGCUAUACGUUUGGGGGUAUUUGGUAUGGCGCAAUCUACACCUGCGCGGGCUCCACCUACUUUGACAGUACGACAAGGCUGUGCACCACUCAAACGCAGGCCAGAUGCUCCUUUGCUGUCACUUCGUUGGCUCUCAACGGACGAUUGCUGCCGUAGAGGUUUGCCUAUCAUUCAACUUUAUAAUGCAAUAAAAUGCCAACAAAAUUAAGGGCAAGCGCCGUAUUAUCUGUGCUCUAAAGUUAU